AUGGAUGAUUCAGAGGCAGACUUCAACUUGAGAGAUGUCAUGGUCAAUUUCAAGCAGUGCCUCAAUGAGAAAGAGGAGAUCCUGAUGGACCACUAUCUCAGUGGCUGGCGGGGGCUGGUGAAGUUUCUGAACAGUCUGGGCGCCAUCUUUAUGUUCAUCUCCAAGGAUGUGGUGGCAAAGCUGCAGAUUAUGGAUCAACUGUGCAGAAGCCCACAGGGUGAACACUACACCACCCUGCAGUCCAUGGUGACCUAUGAGGUGGGCCACCAGCUGGUGGACCUGCAGCAGCGUGCUCACCACCCCAAUUCAGGCUGUCGCACUGUGCUGCGGCUACACCGCGCUCUGCGCUGGCUACAGCUAUUCUUGGAGGGACUGCGGGCCAGUCCCGAGGACGCCCGCACUUCUGUACUCUGCACCGACUCCUACAAUGCCUCACUGGCCACCUACCACCCCUGGGUCGUGCGCAAGGCCGUCUCCAUGGCCUUCUGUGCCCUGCCCACACGCAAGGUUUUCCUGGAGGCUAUGAAGGUGGGGCCACCAGAGCAGGCAGUAGAGAUGCUGGGGGAGGUACUGCCCUUCCUCGAGCGUGUCUACAACAUCACCCAGCAUCUGUAUGAAGAGCAGGCGCUGCUGAACCUCCCCUAG